AUGCCUCUCCGGUCUCGUUUCCUCGGCGGCGUAAAUGCAUCGCUGCCGCAAGCACAGCCGUCGAAGGAGUCACCUACACCAACCGAGUCCCUGAAGUCGGACUACAUAAUCAUACUUGCCGUGCUACUCUGCGCAAUCAUCUGCGUUCUUGGCCUUUCCAUCGUGGUCCGCUGCGACUGGAUCCGCCGCAUCACCGGGGGAGCCGUCUCUGCCCUGCCAAACGCCUCGACGCCUGCCAAUAAAGGACUUAAAAAGAAGGCCCUGAAGUCCCUACCGAAGCUAAUCUACGGUGAGGAUGAGCGAGCCGAGAAGCUGUCUGACUGCGCCAUCUGCCUGGCGGAGUUCGCCGCUGGAGAAGAGGUCCGUGUGCUGCCAAAGUGCGGUCAUUGCUUCCAUGUCGAAUGUGUUGACACUUGGCUUGGUUCCCACUCCUCUUGUCCCUCUUGCCGCCAGAAUUUGGCCGUCAGCAGGUGUCAGAAAUGCGGAAAUUUGCCGGCCGCCACCUCUUCCUCCUCCUCCUAUGCUGCAACAAACUUUGGAGCUCAGCCUCUGCCAGCUUCCAGACCAAUAGACCGUUUUACUUCAAUUUUCCCUUAA